AUGGUACUCUUGGUAGCAAAAAUCAGUAAGCUUUAUUCCAAGCUGGAAAAUCUUCACCAUCAUAGCCAAACAGAGGCUUUGUUAGCUUCUUUUGAAGGGUUUGAAUCCCAAGUGUCCAAUCACUUGAUAAAGUUUCAAUCUUUAGGGUUAAAGAUCUUAUCUUUUUCAUGGAUUCAUCAACUCUUUGAGCUUAUUUCUUUGGUCAACAAAGCUUUUGCUAGGCUUGUUGUUGAGAUUGAAUACCCUGCAAGUAAAUGGGAAUCUUCAUCUAUUGAUGAGUAUCUCAAAUAUAGUUUGAAUUUGCUUGAUUUUUUCAACUCAAUUAGUUCAUCUCUUUCUCAUCUUGCUCAAGCUAAGCUCUCUUUAUCUCAUGGUGUGAGUUUAGAAGAGAAAUCAUCAUCUUUGGGUUUGAAGAAUUUGAAGCCAAUUCAGCCAUUUAAGCCCAACAACAAGAAGAAAUAUUUGGUCAAAGAAAAAGUCAAAGAUGGUGCUUCUUUGUCUUGUAAAGAAGAGGUAAUUCACCAUGCUUUGAUGGUUAUGGAAAGUUUGAGUUAUUGGGUAUGUGGGGCUGUGUUGUGUGGUUUGUCUAGUGAUGAUGAGAUUUACUUUGAGGUGAGAAAAUUGGCAAUUGGGUAUGUGAAAGUUUCUUCCUUUAUUAGAUUAGAGUCAAGUGUUUAUGAAUUUGUGGUGGAGAAAAAGAAUGGUGUUAAGGAAGUGAAAGAGGUUAAUGAUUCAUUGGCUAAGCUUGUGGAUGCAAUUUCUGAUGAGAAAAGCUAUGAUGAUGAAGCUGAGGAUUUGAGGAAGAAAUUGGGUGUUUUUGAGGCUAUGUUGGAAGGGUUUGGAAAAGAAGUUGAUCAUCUUUUUAAUGAGGUUUUGAGUGGAAGAAAUCAAUUGAUUAAUGGAUUUAGACACUAA